UCUGACAGUUCUGACAUAACAUCUGUUGUUCCAAUCGUCAGCUUGUUUUGGUUGGUAGAUUUUUACGUAAAACAUUGAAAAAUGAACAUUUUUUAAAUUGCACAAAUAAACCAAUUUUGAACUACGUUUGGAGAUGAGCAUUUUCAAAUCUUCAAACGUAAUAAACAGUAUCCUCAACCAAAGCAAGUUGAAUGUGGAAAAUAGUGGCAAAAGUGCAGCUUAUCUAGUGGUGCAUCGAUGCAUAAGUUUGUGCAAUAUCCUGCAGCGCUCGCAUUACGAUUCUCUCGGAUUGACUCCAGGUGCAACCCAGAAUGACAUCAAGCAAGCUUACUACAAGCUAUCGAAGCUAUACCACCCGGACAAGAACAAAGGCUGUGACAACGCAGCGGACAAAUUCCGCUCCAUUACCGAGGCCUACGAGGUGCUAGGAAAUUACCGACUUCGAAAGUUGUACGAUAAGGGAAUACUUCAUACUGCGGGUCGGCAAUAUGCCCAGCACCAACCGGUCGAAAGAGAACCGGAAGAAGACGAUCCGCAGACCCGCUUCUACAAGAAACGUAUGACCCGGGCGCACGUCCCAACGGCAUCGGGGCGGACACCUAUCUACGAUUUUGACGAGUGGUCCCGCAACCAUUAUGGGAAAAACUUCGAACGAAAGAAAGCAGCCGAUGCCAAGUUUCGCGCCAAAGCAGAGCGGGAAAGCCAAAUCGACUCGCACGUCCUUCAAGGAUACGUGGUUUACGCGAUGGUUGGCGUUGCCAUGUUCUAUGGCUUGAUACUGUUGAACGAACGUUCUCACGAUACGCCAAAGGCGCAAGAGAGGACAUCGGAUGAUAAAAAGUAGAAUAAAGGUACAGUAAUUGGUAGUUUGAGUCCAAGGCGACAAGUAAUGUAAAUAAAUGAAAAUGCUUUUAAAGCACUAUGGAAAAAUGUUAAAACUUAGUCCUUAUACAAAUAAAGCUUAUUUAUAGACAAAUAUCUCUGAUUUCAUAA